ACCCUUUAAAGCUCUUCUUUGUUCAACUUCACUUUUUUCUCCAACUCUCUCUCGAAACCACAUUUUCUCUGCUGUUUUUUCAAGACUUUUGAUCCCCAUCUUGCCUUUUGCACACCUCCAUAAACUACAUUACACAAGGCUAUUACCCAGAAGCCCAAAUGGACAAUAACCAAGAAUCAGCACUCACACAGCUCAGAGCAUCAGUUGAGCAGCAGCUCGGAUGCUCAACAAAUGAGUACAAUGACAAGACUAUGAUGAGGUUCUUGAUAGCAAGAUCAAUGGAUCCAAACAAAGCUGCAAAGAUGUUUGUGCAGUGGCAUAAGUGGAGGGAAUCAUUUGUUCCCUCGGGUUUUGUCGCAGAUUCUGAAAUACCUGAUGAGUUGGAAGCAAACAAAUGCUUCUUACAGGGUUUGGCCAAGAAUGGUCUGCCAGUGGCAAUUAUUAAAGCCUGCAGGCAUUUUCCUAACAAGGAUCAGCCGCAAUUUAAAAAAUUCUUGGUUCAAAUGUUGGACAAAUCUAUUGCAAGUUCUUUCAGAGGAAGAGAAAUAGGAGAUGAGAAGAUGAUAGGAAUACUUGAUCUAGAGAAAAUUAGUUAUAAGAAUGUUGAUGCCCGUGGAUUAAUUAUUGGCUUUCAAUUUAUACAGGGUUACUAUCCGGAGCGGCUCGCGAAGUGUUACAUAUUAAAUAUGCCUGGGUUCUUUGUGAGCGUGUGGAAGCUUGUCUCUCGCUUCAUUGAUAAAGCAACACUGCAAAAGGUUGUGAUUGUCACCAAUAAAGAUGAAAUGAAGGGAAUGUUGGAAGAAAUUGGCGACGAGAUAUUACCAGAAGAAUAUGGAGGGCGUGCAAAACUUGUACCUAUUCAAAAUGUUGUACUAGCCCCAGCAGAGGAUGAUCUAGUUGGGCAGAUUAAUCCAUAAGACUCCUGCCUGUUGAUUUUCUAACUCAAUUCACUUGGUCGAUGCAUAACAUAGACCUUGUAACAAAAUUAUAGCUUUGCUACUCUAUGCGUUUUAACUUUGAUGACAUUUUAACUUUGAUGGUAGCUUCCACUUCUUGUA